GGCGGCGGCGGCGGUGGCGGCGGCGGUAGCGUUUGUCCCUGCCUCUCCGCCACCUCCUCCUCGGCCUUAUCUCCCGGCCGGCGGUGUUGGCGGGGAGGGGGACAGUAGUUGUAGACGCCCGCCCCGGCCUGAGAGAAGGUAAAGGGGAGUGGAGUAUUGAUCUAGUAGACCUUAUCAUUUCUGCAUCAUGGUUUUUAACUCCCCAGUUGUUACACAGUCUAUUUGGAGAAGGGUCAUGCUAAAAAACUGAAGCAGUUAAUAAGUGAAGAUGAUCGAAUUUCUCCACCAAGUUCUCAGCCUGAUAAGGAGGGAAAGACAAAGGGAAAGGAAGGAAAAACAACUGCAGCACUGCUCCACAGAUCAUGAAACUUCCCCCUUAGAACCACUUCUUGUCGACCUCAUGAAGCAUUCAACAAAGACAUAUGACUCAUUUCAAGAUGAACUUGAAGAUUACAUCAAAGUACAGAAAGCCAGAGGCUUAGAACCAAAGACUUGUUUCAGAAAGAUGAGAGAGGACUAUUUGGAAACUUGUGGAUACAAAGAAGAGGUUGAUUCCAGACCCAGGUAUAGAAUGUUUGAUCAAAGAUUCCCAUCUGAAACCAUUCAGAACUACCAAAGAUCAUGCACUGUUUCACAAGCAGUGGGAAACAGGUUGCCACAAUGGCUACCGGCUCAUGACAGAAGACUGAGACUAGACUCUCAGAGAUACUGUCACUCUACUAGGGACCAUUUCUCAGAAAAACCAGUACCCCUGAACCACAGGCAGCAAGAAUAUAAUUGUGGAACAUCCAGAGUAGAAUCUGGAGUUUAUAAGCACCUCUUCUCAGAAAACAGUCCCAGUGCUCAAGCCAGUCAUAAACAGACACAUGAGAAGUGUAAAAGGCACCCAGAGGAAGGCAGAGAAAAGCCAAAGGAAGAAGAACCCAAGCAUAAGAGGGGAAAAGGUUGUGAGGAAACAGAUUUAGACAAACAUCAGAGCGUCCAAAGAGACAGAACAGAAAUGGCAACAGUUGGGGUCAGUACAAAAAAGCUUAAGAAUAGAAAGGAGAAAAGAAGCCGAGAUAUUACCUCCAAGAAAGAGGAACGUAAACGUAAAAAACAGAAAAAGGAAGAAGGUGAAGAAAGGACAGAAGAGGAAAUGCUUUGGGACCAGUCUAUCCUUGGAUUUUGAAGCUUUCAAUUGGUUCUCCCAAGGUUUAAUUGAAAAAAAAAAAAGUUGAGGAGGUUGGUUUUAUGGUGUCCAUGUUCAUAUCAUUUUUCUCACAUUAAAGAGGUACUUUGAAUUCUAACAAAGGCCAACUGAACAGGAAGUAGAUGCUUGCUCUCCAACAUGGAAAUUAAUAUUCCUCAUUUUCUAAAAGCAUUAUUACAUUUUUCUUACAUAUAAUAUAUUUAUCCUUACAAGAGUGGCUCUUUUAUUCAUAAAAUUCACAUAAUAGAAAUGUUUUUCCCUUGGGAGGUCAGUUACUUUAAAUUAUAAAAUUAAUAAGAUUUCCAGAAUCUAUUUGAUUGGGUUUGUUUUCAGUUCGAGUGGGCUAAUUUUAUAUUCAUUAGUUUUUCUCUAUGAAGCAGUUUAGGUUGAUUUUUCCCUUUGUUAGAUCUAGCUUGCAGUGUAUUUUCUAGUAUUUUCUGGAAAGUGGAAAAUAGAAUAAUAAGCUUAGGUUACAUAUAAUUUUAAAAGUUAUAAAAUUUAUAUUCUAUAAAUCAACUUAUAUUCUAGACAUAUUUAUAAUAAAGUUCUAAUUUCUAUA